AUGGCCGCCAAUCAGCAGAGGAAGAGGGUGAUCGGCUUCGUAGAGAGGCUAUCGAAGGAUAUCUUGGUCCGUCGCGCUGCCGAGCUUAACCAGCCGUUCGUUUUUCCGGCUCUUGUCUCCGUUUCUGCAAGGUGAUUCCCCUUCGUCCCUGUUGUCCUUGUUUCUUUCUUUCACUUCUCUGGUUCUCUCUGUAGUCCCUGCCUCCCUGCUCUCCUUACGGUGUGGGCUAUGCAUUGCUUUCUUAAGGCGUUUACCUUUUCCGCGAAAGAGGAAACUCUUGCGCAACUGAUUUAUGCUGCAAUAGAGAGGGCCGAAACUCGAUGAAAGCGAUGAUUUACCGGUGUGAGCCCCCGGAAUAUCAGUUUCUAAAGCCGAGAAACGCAGUACUCGACUAGAAAAGCGAAUCGGCCGUGUUCUUCAAGUAUUACCCCGAAAUCGUCUGUGUAUUUGCCUUUCCUCGUUCCUUUAGCUUGAUUUUCAUUUCCUUAAGUUGCCAUGCUCUCUUCUGUGAUCAUUGCUUCAGCGAUGGUUCAAUAUUUUGUUGCGGAAGCCCUUUCGUCGAUUAAUUAUCUUCUCUCGUUGUUUCCUCUUUCUUGAUAUCUGGAUGCUCCUGUAAAUCCCCAAGAUUCUUUGCCCCAUCAUGCUUGUUACAUGAUAUGACGUUAUUAUUCUGCCCAAUCUGAACGCGAUGCGCUUUUGCUCAGCGCAGAUCGUGUCUGGCCGCUCCUCCUGAUAUCUGGCUUAUUUUCGCUCCCUUUGAGUUCUCUCUUCUUCGACUCCUCCCACAGGGAUUUUUUUUUUUUUUCUCCCGAUUAGUGGACAAGUUGGUGAGUAGGUAGCUGAGUGAUUAGUUGUCCCCCCAUUACUCCGUCGUUGUUUUCGAGGAGCGGACCCUCACGCUUUAAUAAUUCCCUACAAUUUUUACCACCAGAUCGGGUCGCCGAUGCUCCUUGCCGCUUGUCGUCCUCGGCACGCCUCCAAGCAUUUCGGCCUUUCCUUCCACUCACACGCACUUUCUGGUUGAUGAUGCAUCGAACAGGAGGGGAGUUCACACCUCGUCGUACGACAAGAACCAUGAGGAACACAUCCGGCCCGCCCUCGUCCCCGACGAUGUGAUUCAGCCGCACUCCACGACUUCCUGGGGCCCCCACCCGGCCACCGGCGUCUUCGGCCCCUCCGACCGCAACCACCACCCCGACUCCUCCACCGCCUCCGCCGGGAACGGCGGCGCCGCCUCCGUGCUGGACCAGAAGGCCUGGUUCCGCCCCCUGGAGGACGUCGAGAAGCCUCCCCCACUCGCCUGA